AUGUAGACUCAAGUUUCCGGGGCAAAACGUCUUCCGGUCUGUGUAUCUGCUGAAAGCCACGAGAGCGGCUUACCUGUCAGGUAGCAACCAAGUGACGUUCAGAGGCAGCUCGAUUAGGCUCUUGGUCUACAGGUGUAAACCAAUCGGCAAGAAGAUGCUUCGGAGGAAACCGACUCGUUUGGAGCUGAAAAUUGACGACACUGAGGAAUUUGAGAGCAUUAAAAAGGAACUUGAGGCCAGGAAACGACAGCGAGAGGAGGCGGGGUCAGGAGCUGGAGUGGGCGGAGCUUCUGUCAUUGGUGUCGAUAUGAUCGGGGGCGGAGCCUCUGCUUCCUCAACAGCUGUUUCUAGGGUGGAGCUUAUCAAUGAGCGAAUCGGCUACAAGCCCCACCCCAAACCAGCCACGCUGCCGACCUUAUUUGGAAGUUUACAGUUUUAAUAAAGUUUGGACGGACUAAA